AUGUAUUUUUCGGCAACAGUGCUCUGUGUACUAUGUGUAUCAGUGAUCGGUGGAGUUAAAGAUCAUGACUUUGAACGAUCGCCAGUAACAAAUCCCGAACAUCACAUUUCACCUAUCCAAGAAGAUGGCAAUUGGCUUGAUACCUAUGGAUAUUCAGCAUUCGAGGGACAGUUUCCGUACCACGCAGAAGUGCGAAUUAAGCCCAUAUCUCUUAGCUAUGUUCAUACCUGCGCUGGAUCACUAAUUACACUCAAAUACGUUCUAACAACGGCUGCAUGUCUGUAUCGCUGGGUUAAUGAAUUUGGCAUCGAGUACUCCUUUGUGACCUUGGGAUCACUGUUCAACGGUGACACGCAAUGGGAGCAGCGCAUCAACUUCACAGCUGAUGGAAUCCAUACGCACCCGCUAUAUCGCUAUCCGAGCUAUGAGUUGUACAAUAUUGCAACGAUACGUUUGGAUUGUCCAGCGACGCUGAACCGUUUUGUUCAACCGAUCCGUUUGCCGCGCUUAACCGACAUACGCACCUACGAGAUGAUGGAGGGCACUGCUACCGGCGACAGUUUUGUCCGUGGCCUGAAAUAUCUGCGUAAUCAGGUGAUGUCGAAUAAAGACUGCCAGCGAGACAUACUACCGGGCGUCGUAAUUACAGUACAGCACCUUUGUACGAAUUCCUUUAUCGGUGGUGUAUUCUGCUUCAGAGAAUAUGGAUCAUCGUUGACGGUGGAGGAUGAGAACGGUCGCUUUUUGAUUGGAAUUGCCGAUCAUGUGUUUUGGUGCUCUUCUAAGUAUCCUACGCGCCAUGUUCGAGUAUCGUACUUCGUCGACUGGAUUCAGACGAACUCCGAUUAUAUAUUGGAUUUGUAG